AUGGCUCCUCAAACAAAGAAGGCUGGCAAGGUCCAGAAGCAGACCAAGAAGUACAUCAUCAACGCUUCUCAGCCCGCCAACGACAAGAUCUUCGAUGUCUCCGCCUUCGAGAAGUUCCUCCAGGAGCGAAUCAAGGUCGAGGGCCGCACCAACAACCUCGGCGAGACCGUCGUCAUCUCCCAGAAGGGUGACGGCAAGAUCGAGAUCAUUGCCCACAACGACCUCUCCGGCCGCUACCUGAAGUACCUCACCAAGAAGUUCCUCAAGAAGCAGCAGCUCCGUGACUGGCUCCGCGUGGUCUCCACCUCCCGUGGUGUCUACGAGCUCAAGUUCUUCAACGUCGUCAACGACGAGGUUGAUGAGGACGACGAGUAA